AAUGAAGACAGAAGGUGCAGAUUCGAGGAUGCCAGAGCCCCCUCCACAAGACCCUGGUAUUCCCGAAGGCCUCAAAACAAGCCCCCUAAACACAGAGGUUCUCGGGGAGUUUGCCCAAAACAUGUCAGAGCACAUACUUCGAUCAGUUUUUAGCCAAAAGGAAACAGUAGAACCUGAGGAGUCCAUUUAUAACCAAGAGCACGAAAUGCUAGCUGAGGCGCUAGCAUCCGCAGUGAUUGAGAUCGCUCUGAGUGAAGUGUGUAGAGGAAGAAACUUAAAGGACCACAUGGAGGGUGCUGAAAUAGAGAUGGAGAACAACAAGGGUGAACGGCAGUGUUUUGAGGAUAAAUCUAGAAGAGACCAAGAACACCAGACUUCUGCCCAGCCUUGCCAUCCACCUCUAUCCCAGUCAGGGCUUCCUGCUGUUGGAUCCCUCGACUACCCCGACGCCCCACCGACCACGCCUCUUCUCCCAGAGCUGGAGAGGAGCAGAAGCAGCUUCGCCCGUAAGCUAAAAGGAGGCCUGGCAAAGGUUUUCCUACCCUCGCCUCCUCCACCAACGCCAAAGGACAAGGAGGACAACGGAGACGCUUUGAUCAACGACCCUCAUGUCGAACUGAUGGAGCAUCUCAUGCAGUCGCUGUCUACAGAUGAUUUGGGGAGAGGCAGUUUCGAAGUAGCACCUCUGCAUGAACCAACUAUAGAGACUUUUGCACAGGCUCUGUCAUGUGAUAUUACUAAGUGGGUUCUGGCUGCCAAAAAAAGAGAACAGAUGUCACAUGACAGUGAUCUUAACCUACUGGCCCAACAGCUGGCUGAAACCAUUAUCACCUCCUCCAUUGAUGAAGCUAAAGUGCUUAUCUAGGAUUUAAAGUGAUUCAUGGAGUCAGGUAUGAUGAAUAGCCUAUAUAUAUGCACACACAAGCUCAGUCCAUGGACUAUAUAUAUAUAUAAGGUGGACAUAGCCACCAUAACACAAUCAGUUUAAUUGUCUUUUGUAGCUAUCUUAGUGUUUUUAAGUCAGACACGAAAAGUGAACCACUUAUUGGUUAACAGCUUAUGAGUAACAAGUCAUUAACCAAUUAGCAUUUCCUGGUUUAUCCACCUUUCUGACUCAAAUAAUGAUGACAAAUUUACAAAGGAAUUUCAUACUCUGUACACUAUGAUGUAAAACUAGCAACUGAGCCUCAAAAAGUUACCAGGUAUUCAGUGACAUCAGAGAGUAUGGAAGUACUUCUAUAAUAGCAGAAGGCUUUUUAGAAACCUGAGUAAUCGCCCCCUGUUGGGCAUCAGAAAGAAUGCAGGUAAAAGCAAGGUAGAUAGAUAGACUAUCUCUAGCAUAUACUUCUGUCCUACUCCAUAUACUCCUUCGCGACACGAUGACAUGACAAACCAUUCUGUUCUGCAGCACAGGGAGAG